CAGCCGGUCAACGCAGAGAGUAGAGAACAUUCCAUUGCUGACUAUGCCCCUUCUGGAGGCGCCUGCCGAGUAUCUGGAAUCCUCGCCAGAGCAUUCCCUGCAGGCGGAGCUGCCGCUUCUGUUGGCAGCCCCAGCGGGACCGGCGGCCUUGGUCCAAGUGCGCCUGCCACUGCCCGAGGUGCAUCAUCAUCCACAGCAAGUCCAUCAGCAGCCACCACGGAACCAUCGACGGCAGUUGGCUCGCCGGAACUCGUUUGAUCGGGAUGUGGCAAUUGCCGAGGAAACGCAGCAUUUCCCGGCCUUUGUGCACCUGCUGCCCGUAGUGCUGCCCCAGCAGGCCCCAGAGCCGACCCUGGAUGAACUCCUGCGGAGAGUAACCCAGCGAACGGACCUGGAGGCGGUUGAGACGGUGCGUCUCAGAGUGAUCUCCUAUACGAUCAGUCUGUCCCGGCUGUCGUUGUUCUUGCCACGACUCCAAAACCUAGACCUGAGCGGCAGUGUACUGAGCUCUCUGCGGGACUUGGGCUACGGGCUGCUUCAGCUGACCCACUUGAAUAUUAGCAACUGCGGCCUCAACAGCUUCGAUGGCACCAGUGGCCUGCCCGCCAUCAGGGUCCUCAUAGCAGACGGCAAUAUGAUCCAACGGGUGGAUCCCCUCGUCGAGCUGGUACAGCUGCGGGUGCUUAGGGCUCGCAACAAUCGAAUCAGCGAGCUGGGCCUACUCUCGUUUCUGGGCAUGUGUCCGCUGCUGAUGGAGGUGGAGUUUCUGGGGAAUCCUGUCUGUCGCCUGCCCCUCUAUCGCGACAUGCUCAGUCGCAGCGUGCCCACUUUGCAGCUUCUGGACGGAAACACGCUCAACUCGGCAGCGGUAGUUCCUACCCAAAUAGUAGAAAACGAUGAGGCUCCGUCCUCACUUUCCAGUGAGGCAUCCGCAGGGAGCAACGAGUCAUCGUCACCGCCUCCGCCAUUGGGACGUCCGGCAACGGCUCCAGCUCCUGCACAGAUCUCGCUCAAUGCCGGCAUACGGCGGCAGUUAUCAGUGGCAUCCACUUCCACUCCGGUGGCUGGCUCGGUUCUGGGUCUAGUGCGGCAACGUCGUCGCCACAUGGGCCACGCCUGGGUCAGUUCCUCCAGUGGUUCGUCCUCCGCUUCGUCGUCCAUUGCCUCUCGGGCCCCCUCGAGGAGCUCUUGCUCUUCCAACAGCAGUCUGGACGUGCAGUCGACCUAUGCAUUCACUCCACACUCCACAGUGGACUAACUGCUGUUCCCAGUCGUAAAUUGC